AUGCUCCCUACUAAGGGAGCUCUGCCUUAUGAACCUCUAUCAGAUAAUACGGAUGAAUUUUCUCGAUGGAAGCAGAGCAGGCGGAGAAUUAUAAAAGAAAUAGAUAAAACAAUAUUAAAUCAAACAGAUGAAGAACUUAAAGAAUUUGUCGAUAACUGGCUUGAAAUUGCAAAUGAUCAUAAAGAAUUUGUUGAUCCUCUAUCUAUUUUGAAAGGUUUAAUGCACUUAUCUGUAUACUAUCAUUAUCAUCAUGAUUUUACUUCGAUUCAGAUUUUAGUUCCGAUCGUAAACAACUUCGUUUCACAUCCAAAAAGAUGUAUAGCACGUGUUGCUACUAGAGUACUUUGGUGGCUUGCUGAAGAUUCUACAGAAAAUAUCGACUUUUUUCAUUCGAUCGUGUCAGAAGUUCCAAAAUGGCUAGAAAAGCCUUUAACAGAUCAACUAUUCUACUCUAGUCUAUGUAUUUUGCACAAUGCAUAUGGUUAUGCUGAUCAAUUAGUAAAUGGAUUCGUAACUCAAGCUUUUCCUCAAAUUAUGCAUGCUACCUUUUGUGAUGAUAAAGAAUUGCAACACAUUACGCUCUCGGUUUUGAAGCAUCAUCUUAUGAGUCAAAAACCGAAGGAUUUAGAUCGAUGGUUUAACUUCUGUAUAGAACAACUCAAUUCACAAGAUCCAAAUAAGUUCAAAGGAGCUCUCAGAGUUACAGGUUUCUUCUUCGAAUUUAAUUAUUUUACAAAUACAGAACCAAUUUUAAAAGUCUUAAUGAACCAAGUUAACAAAUCAAUGGCAGAUUCUAUUGUAGAGUUCCUUUACAACUUAUCAAGGCUAAAUCUCAUUGAUUACAACAAAUGCCAUUUUUAUUAUUUAUUUUUAAGUUUAUUAUUUACAUCAAAUCCAUUAUUGAUAUCUAUUAUGGAAAAAUUGCCGAAUAAUCAUCCUCCAGAACUAGAAAACGUUAAAAUUCUCAAUGGAAAAAUUGAUACUCCAUUUUUAUAUGGUUUAGUAUCAGUUAUCUGCAAGAAAUUCCCAUUUUAUCAUAACAGAUUCAUUAUCGUUCACGAUCCAACGUUUUCUAAGGAAUAUCUCAACUUAUUAAGAAAUAAUAUGGAAUAUCGAUUUACAGUUCAUCCAAAACUCUCUCAAUUCUGUUUAUCGCAAUUAUCACAACCUACAUCAGAAGCUAACACUAUUACAGCACUCAGAAUUGCGAAGUAUUUCGGUCAUGUAAUUUUUAAUAAGACAGAAACGCAGCUAAUCGACCAAAUCCUCAAUUUAUUGCAUAGCGAUAACGAGACAAUAAGAGUUGCCGCAGCAAAAGCGAUCAAACAGAACGGCGUCGGGAUAUCAAAUCCAUAUUUACUCAGAAUUGCGUUAUUUGAUACAUCAGCGCGCGUAAGAUUGGCUGCAAUCAAGAGAUUAAGUAUUACAGACGAGAUAUUAGAGUCAAGAAGCACUGCUCAACUAUUAAAUGAUGCAGAUGUCGAUGUAAAGCUUGCUGCGCUUAAAUUUGUUGAAGAAGCGGCAUCGCAAAAUCCUAUACUCUUCUAUCCCGAACUUUUCAGGUUCGUUUCUCAAUGCCUUGAAACGUUUUCCGGAAUGAAAAAUUUUAUUGAGAUCGCAAACUAUUCGAAACUGUUUCCAAUCAUCGCCAAACUAGUUGUAGACAAAUACCAACCAUUUAUCCCGCAGCUAGCUCAGUUCUGUUUGUUGUUUUUGAGUAGAGGAUCUGUUUUUUCGCAUAAUUUAGACUAUUUUGUCGAAGAUGAGAACUUAAUUCCACCAUGCGAGCGGAAACCAUCACUGCGAGGCGAGAUAUUCGGUUCUUUGUACUCUAGCCACAUAGAUGAAAGAGAUUGUAAUUUAAUCAAAACUUUGAAAAUUUUGUCACCUUUUAUGGAAUCUUAUGCUGAUGUAAUCUUCGAAAUUAUAGGUGGAAUGAUCAUAAACACCAAAACUAAAGACAUUGUGCUCAUUUCUUGCGUUAAUUGCCUCAGAAGAAAUAUAAUUCAUAUUCCGAUCGAAGAUACAUUCUCGAAUCGAUUCCCUCCGUUAACGAACAGAUUAUUUAAGAUCCUUUCUACAACUCUCAAUGAGAAACUCGCGAUUAAAAUCAUGAAAUUAUUCGGAAAUGCGGGAGUUUGCUCAUUGCCGAACUAUCAAGAAGUAUCUGAUGCGACAUUUGCUUUCGUUGAUGUCGAUAAGAAGGAUUUCGUUAUCAAUGCUUUGCUAGAUGCCAUUACAAAGAAUAUUGAUUCUCAUCCUCCCUCAGUUUUCGAUGUUGUUAAGUCUGCAUAUCGUUAUGAGCCUAAUGCAGCCAUAAAGUACACUCAGAAGAUCAUUCCGAGCAUCAUUCUAGCAUUAAAGAAGUCAACUAUCGAACAAAUUGAGCAUUUGUUCUCAAUUUUAUCAGAAAUAACAUUGAUAAUUGGCCACAGAAUGGAUGAGUAUGCGGAACAGAUCUGUAUUUUGAUCAGAAAGUACUUGACAUCGAAAAAUGCAACAGAAUGUUGUAUUUCUUUAUCAUAUGUCCUGAAUUCCAGCUUAUCGCCAUACAUGCCACCAAUAUUCUUUGAUGCAAUUAACUUAGUUAUUAAUCAUCAAAGCGGAAACUACAAAUCUCAUUUUAAAUUGCUUGCUUUCAGCGUUUUAUACCAAAACCAGCCUUUACAUUUAUUCAUAAAGGCCUGCGAAAGCUGCAUUCACAUCAAUCCAAAGAUUGUUGUGCGAGAAAUGUGCAGAAUUCUGCAAAACAGCGUUGUUGCAUCGUAUUUCGGAUCGAGUAUGUGGAGAAUAGUCAAUUACUUGAUACCAUGGACCAGAGAGCUCUGUUUGCAAUUAUUAUAUUCUUUGAUUUUAUUUAAAGGAAUAACAGACGAACAAGCCAAGAUUGUCAUCAAAAAUGCCAGCAUUGUUGACGAAAACCUCGAUAUUUUGCUCAAAAUGACUCCAGAACAAAGAAUGUUGAACGGAAUUCCGGAUUUCGUCAAACAAAAGAAGGCAAAAGUCGAACCGCAGUUCAUGCAUGUUAAGAAUCUCACAACGAACCAAGUUGCAAGCUCAUUUAAGAACAAUAAUCCUACUAAUACAGUUUUUUCUGAAGUUAAGUCACCUUUGACGACCAGUUUGACCAGUUGGCAGAUUGAUUUGAGUAACAAGACAGUAACAAGGUCUCCAAACAACGUUAUCCGCGAUUCCCAAAAACUCAUCAUUGAUUCAGAGUAUUUACGAGGCAAAAUCCUUCCUAUUGCCUUUCUUAGUUGUUUUCUGAACACUUCAUCUGACCAAAAAGAAGUUUUUCUGAAACAAUUAAACGAUUGUUUUUCAUUAGGCCAAAAAAUCAACUCCAGUAUCUACAAAAUCAUUGAUUUACUUGAAAUGCUUGGCUACAAUCACAUUAUUGAAGACAAGAAACUCGCAGAGAACUCAAGUUCCCCUUGGAGAUCAAUUUUUUAUUGGCGACGAUUAUUUAUUAAUAAUUCCGAGAUGGAUUUAGAGCCGAUGUUAGACAAAAUGUACAAAAUGGGCCGUAUGAUGACAAUCAGGGGUAUUCUUGACAUGUCCAACAACAAUUUGCCUCCAAUGAGAUUGGCGUAUUGGAGAGAAAGAGUUUUGGAUUUCGAAGGAUCCUUGAAAAUCUACGAAAACGAAAAUUCUCUUCCAAACGUCAUAAGAACAAUUUCUUUCAUGGAAAGAUGGGAUGAAGUCCGCGAAUUAUAUAAUAAAUUCGAAAAAAUGGACGAUAACGAUAAAUCUUUGACGAGUUCUGCUUUUUGUUCAUCAUUUUAUUAUGAUAACCAACUUGACAUUGCAGAUAAUCUUUUGAAGUAUUUUCCUAAGAGCGAAUCCCUACGAAUUGGCUUUGUUCGGAUCAUUGUUUUGAUAAAAGAAGGAAAAUACGAAGAAGCGAAAAUUUGUAUAAUGAAUAAAUUCAAACAUCUCGUUCAAAACAGGGAAAUUUAUUCAGGAACAAAUGUUCACAUGGCUCUUCGUUAUUUAAUAUACGGACAACAUUUGUCUGAAUUAUCCGAUGUCAUUAAAAUUAAACAGAACACGGAUAAUAACAUGAAACACCUAAAUAUGAUUUGGACAAGACAUCUUAAUAAUUUCAGAGGAAAGGGAAGAGACUGGAGAGAAUUAUCUGAUAUAAGAAAUCUCUUGAAAACAGAUAAAUCAAAUGAAGAAGAAACAAAAGAAGAAGAAGAAAAAUCUUCAGAAAAAACAGAAGAAGAAAAAUCUUCUGAUUAUUCCGAUGACCAAAUAAUUAUUUCUCCUUUCGCAAAGGCAAGACAAAACUUGUCAAGGACUUCUUUCACAACAAAACAAAUUGAUGAACCAGAAAUUGCUAAUUCCCCUAUUGUUUGUACUUUUCAAACAACAUCAAAAGUUGGAUUGUCAAAUUUGACACAAAAUUUGUCAUUUUGCCAAAAUUUGACAAAAGAAAAAACAUCACCAUUAGCGAAAUCUCCGAAACAGCCAAUGAAGAAUUAUUCUCCUGACAAAAUGUCAAAAUUAAGUAGUUUUUACAUGACAAAUGCCAAAAAUAAAAUGUCAGAAUUUAAACCAUCAGAAAAUUUAACGACAUAUGAAGGAAUUCCGAAACUUCCUGCGAAAGAAGAGAAGCCUAAAGAUCUCCUUAUAUCAGAUGUCAAUUUGAAGAUGGCUGUUGCAUUGAGGAAAGACAGACAAUGGAAUAUUCUCAGUGGAAUUCACAAGAGAAUUGCGAAAGAAAGUUUGUCACAUGACAUUUUCCUCGAAAGAAUCAAAUCUCAAUGGGCGAAAGGAAAAAGAGAAAUUGCUCUUAACAAGAUUGAAUAUCUGUUAAAGUGCUAUUUAUCAUCACCAAAGGAUUUGCCAGCAAUCAUCAAACAAAUGCCAGAUUCGGCUCAAAAUGAUUUUAAAUCAAUUUGGAAAUCUGACAUUUUACAAAAAUGGCAAAAAUUUUUGACAUCGAACAAACCAAGUCCAAUGAUAAUUGCGCAGACAAUCAGAACUGUCACGUCAUGGAGAAUAAGACAAGGAUUAUUAACAAACAAAGAAGAAAUUGAAAAGAAUUGUAAACUUCUCAAUUCUGCAAUUGAAAACGACAAAACAAACAAAAGAGCUUAUUUCAACUACGGAUUCAGUCUGAUGCAGUUACUCUUAAUACAAGAAAAUCAUGAUAAUAAAGAUGUAAAAAGUGACAAUAAAAGUGACAAUAAAAGUGACAUUGCUUUUCAAUGUAUCACUUCACUUUUGCAUUGUCCAAGUUUGCCAAGCAUGAGUUUGUUUACUUGGCUUGUUACUUUCUUGGAUGACAAAACUGCUCAAAGAAUUGAUUUGACAAAAUUCAAAUCAGAAUUUUUGGUAAAAUUGUUACCAAGAUUUGUUGAUUUGUUGUCGAAAGACAAGUCCAGUUGCAGGUCUAUUGCGAAGAUUGUCAUCACGAGGCUGUCUUAUGAUUUCCAGAAAGUUGUUUUUCCUUUGCGUUCGAAAAUUCACGUGAAAGAAGUUUCGGAGAUUUUGUUGAAUCUUUGCAACAGUUCUGAGAAGAAUUACAAGAUAAAUGUCGAUGCAGGAUCAUUGAUAAAUCUCUUGAAAAUGAAAUCUUCUUCCAAAAAAGAAAAGGCAGAAAAAAUUGUUGAAAAAUUGUUGAAAGAUCAAAAUUCAGAAAUUGCCAUAAAACGAAACAUUUCUGAAUUAGAAAACCUCAUCAAAGAUGACAUUCCUGAUGACGUAACAUUUGAUGUUCGGACCAUCCUUAAUUUGAUGAACAGUGACAGUCAAGAAAAAUUUAUUGACAUCGACAAAAUUCUCGAAAAAAUGAGAAAUUAUUUGAGUAAAAACAACAAAGGACAGUUUUUGAGCCAAAAAGAAACAGACGUCAAAUGGAGAUCCUUCUGUGUAAGUGUUCCAGGAGUACCAACAACAUUAAUAGAAUCAGUUUCUCCAGUAAUAAAUGUUCUUCAAACUCCAAAACGCCAAAGAGUUGUUGAAAUGGUUGGUGAUGGAAUGAAAUUCCGAUUUUUGUUGUUUGCUAAUGAUCUUUAUGACGAUGAAAGGUUCUCCAUAUUCGUCGAUGUCAUCAGAUCUAUGUUUGUUAAGGAUGAAAGUUUCGUUGAUUUCGCUCCAUUUUGUCCGAAAAUCUUUCCACUUUGCGAAGAUUGUGGAUUGAUAAAAAUCAACGGAAUGACCGAAACAAUUGAAGAAAUCAUGACUUCUUUCUCUGCAAAGAGAAAACAUGAACGAGAAAUCGCUGAUGAACACUUAGGAUUGACAAGAUUUUCGACAUUAAAUAAAAUACAAAAUAUCGAAAUCUUCAAAAAACUAAGUGAAAACAGUUUGGGCGAUGAAUUGCUUGAAUCCAUUUGGAGAGCAAUGCCUGCUGUUUCUAAAUGGGUAAGGACAGGAGAUAAGAUAACAAUGAGCUAUGCAAGUAACUCUAUGUUAUGCUACGUAAUGAGAAUCGAAGACAGAAAUCCUGGAAAUAUUCUGAUAGAAAAAGAUUCAGGAAAUGUUUGUUUGAUUGAUUAUUCAUCAAUCUUUAGUAAAACAAAAGAAGAAAAAGUUAAGUUCAGAAUGACAAAAUGCGUCCGGAAUCUGAUGGAUGGAGCAAAUCCUUUCGGAAUGUUCCAGUUUUCGUGUGAAAAAAUUAUGGAAUUUUUAUGCGAAAAAAGAGUUUUGAUUAUGAGUCAAUUGAAAGUUUCUUUCCCUGAAAACGAAAUGAUUCCAUACGAUGACAUUGACAGGAGAAUGCUCGGUAUUGACAGAGAUGUUGAUGAUGAAACAAGAAAUGUUAGAGACAUGGUUUCUAAACUGAUCGAAAUUUCAUCAGAAAAUACAAAUAUCUAUUCAAUGAAUUUUGAAUGGAAACCAUACUGGUGA